AAACAAUAUGAUCACAAAGAGAGACAUCACUAUUGUAGGAGCUGUCAAAAUACUUGACGGCCUUUUCUUGGGAGAUAAGUUCGCAGCCCAAGACCUAGAAUUCCUGAUGAGCAAUAAAAUAAACAAUGUCAUAAAUUGUUGUGGAGGACAAAUAGAUAAUUUAUGGGUAAAUUUUGGUGUAAACUACCUUACUUUUAACUGGUCUCAGAAAUGUACUGAGAGAAUACUCGAUCGUAAUGAUGUGGUAAUGAAACAAAUCUACCCUUAUGUUGAGGAAUGUGUCAGCAACUCCGAGAGCAUCCUGAUUCACUCUGUAACAGGGAUGAAUCGUUCAGUAUUGGUUUUAGCAGCAUAUUUGAUGAAAUAAGUACCACUGGUGCCUCAGAAAAUCACUUGAGUUUAUAAAAGCAAGAAAGACAACUCUUGAGAUUAAGAGUGAUAUUCUGGAACAACUAGUUAAAUACGAAUCUUUCUUACACAGCAAGGUUAUUAAAGCCCCUUCUUUCAACUGGGAUGAAAAGAGGUAUUGGCAUAAAGAUAUUACUCAAAAGUUGUCAACUGUUGAUAACCUUGAAAAUGAAGAAUUUAUGCUAAGGAAUACCCAUCUUAACUCUUUACCUGUUGUUCAGCUUCCUGAAAAAGUUGUACCUAGGACUCGGAAUAAAGUUGUCAAAUGGGCUGACAAAGGAUUAGACAUUAAGACCCAACUUGAAGAAGUACAUGAGAAACAAAGGUAUCGGAAAGCUAAGAGGAUAAAUCCAGUUACUGCUCAUGUUGGAGUAUCUUCAGGGGAUCUUCGAUCAGCGAUCAAAUUUCCAAGCUCUAUGAAAUCAGAUGGUUGAGACAUUUAAAGGUAACUCUCAACAGUACCAGAAAGAUGUAUCAGAAUCCAUGACGAUUCGCACAUUUGAAGUCGAGGAAGAUUCUAAAGAGAGUUCGGUCACAUUUCCAAAAACGAAUACUUCUAAUGUUGCAAAUACAGAUGAAAUUCUCCCUCUCCACGAAGUGAUCAGUUUGACUACUUUACACGAAUACAGUGAUGGUUCUUCUAAGGACUCUAAAUUGCCAAAUAAUUCAGAUGAGGAUCCACCUAGGCACCAAAAGAAGGAUCAAAGAGUCGAGACAGUAGAAAAUGUUGAUUUUUAUCAAAAGUUUCAUCAGCCCCUGAGUCCAAAAUUUAGUAUGAAGACUAAAAUUAGAGAAGAGGUGCAAAGUUUAGUCUCUAAUUUCACAAACAAAGAAGGCAAAGAUGCCUCCACCUCUAAAGUUCAAGGUAGACACAAGAAGCAAGCUUCUGAGGGCUCUUUUCGGAUAAAGGACCAUAAGAGAAAGAACUUGAAUCACAAAAUGAGAAGGAGCAAACAAUCUCGAGGCUUGACUAAUAGCCAUGAUUUUCAGAGUAAUCUCAAUUUCAGCGACCAUGAGAAAUCGCCAAAUCAGAACAAAGGUGUGAAAUAUACGCCAAAAAGUCAUGGUGCGACUAAAUACCAACAGAGCAAAGGGACUAUUAUAUUCAAUCCGACCAUUAUCAACUCCAUUACAAUAGGGCUCAUGUCAAAUGGAAGUCCUCCAAUUAAUAUCUCAAGCGAGAAUAGGCAAGACAACAGUAAAGUUAGUACACAACUGGGCACAAGCAGAUUAUAAGAAAAACCAGACUGAAAAACCGAAGAGUGCCAUCUACACGAACAGAUGGAGAUGAUCAUUUGAUGCCUUCUUCAAGGAUGCAAUCAUUAGUUAGACCUUCGAACAGCUUGAGGAGAACCAGAAGGGAGCUCGACAGUAACUUGAUCUUAGUUUUAGGGAGAGACUCUUUCAAAAAUGAUAAAGCUUCACAGCUUGAAUCGAGUAGCAAAGAAGAUUCCAAGUUAGUAAAUUUCUCAAAAUAGAACUAAAAUAAUCAAGAGUAAGCGGCAGCACUCUUUGAACUCUCUGAAUACCAAAAAUUACAGGGCUAAAGCUAAUAAUCCGCCAGUUCAGAAUAGUCAUGGAAAUGGAAGCAGCUGGUUCAAUUGUAUGUGAGGCAUUAAUCCUUGUAGAUCAGCCUAAAAGUCAGGAUAAGUUGGCCAGUACUAAGUCUACCAAAAAUAGCAUGAUUUUCAGGAGAAAUUGCAUCGGCUCUAAAUACAAACCCAAACUUAAUUUUGAUAGCCAAGGAAGCGCCAGCCAAAAGAGGGUUAAUAAACCAAGAAUUAGUCCAGAAACUCAAUUUUCCAGAUGGAAAAAUAAUAUCGGAGAAAGUAAUACAGGUAGAAGCACUCACAAUUCGGUUACUAAUAUGAUUGGAGCCAAAAAUCGGCCAACGAGUGCUUCGCAUUACAAAAGAAACUUCUCAAAUAGAUCGAGAGAGAAACCUGAAGAUACUAAUAGAAGGAUUCUGAAUGAGGCUCAUAAAAGGAUUUUAUUACGAAAGCCCGGAAGCGCUAGAGUCAAAGACACCAGAUAAUGCCCAAGAGCUUAACCUAACUUCCAAUUCAUCAGUAGCAAGGGCUUC